AAUUUGAUGGGAGAGAUGAAAAGGACAAAGUCAAAAUGUCUCCCAAAGGGUGGUUGGGGGAGAGGUGCUGGUGCUGCCUUUCACUGGCGUUCUCCUGGGAGGAAAUUAGGAGUUUGAUUUUGGUUACAUUUUCAUGCGCCUAAGAACCUCUAUGUGGAGAUGUGUCCCAGGAACCUGGACAUACCAUCUGCAGCUCUGGAGCAUUCUGGGCUGGAGAUGAGGUUCAAGAAUCAUUAGCAGGUAGAAGGUUGUUGAAACCAUGGAGGUGGGUGAGAUCCCUAGAGUGGGUCAGCAGAUGAGAGGAGGUAGGCGGCUGUGAGACCCCGGGGGAACGCCGCAAUCAAAACCUUCUAGUGGAGGUACGUGCAAAAUUUCAAGAGAGGAGAGGUGGCGCCAACUCUGAAAACUGCGUACUCUAAGCAUUCAAGGAAGGCGUGGUCAGCAGGUUCAAAUACUGAGAAGAGCGAGUAAGGGAGCUACAGAGCCCUCACUGACUUUGGCAACUAGGAGGCCAGUCGGGAGACAGGGAGAAAAACCUAUGCUUGCGGGCGCGUCCAACUACAGGAAGCGGCUCUCCUUCUCCCUCCGGCCGGGCCCGGGGCUCUGGGGCCGAGGAUCCGCAUCGCUGUAAGCUGGGAACGCCCGGCCCUCGCCCCUGCCACGGACUCUGGCUCCCGCCGAGAUCACGCCCGGCUGGCUGCAGUGCGGGGCAGCCCCUUAUUCGGAGCUUACGGAGUGCUCUGCCACCUGCUCUCCUGCCCUGUGGGCCGCACCCUCCCGGUCCACGGCAGGGCCCCGUGCCCCGAACCUGCCGAGAUGCCGCGCCAAUUCCCCAAGCUGAGCAUCUCUGAGGUGGACGAGCAAGUCCGGCUCCUGGCCGAGAAGGUGUUUGCUAAAGUGCUCCGAGAAGAGGACAGCAAAGAUGCCCUGUCCCUCUUCACCGUCCCCGAGGACUGCCCCAUCGGCCAGAAGGAGGCCAAGGAGAGAGAGCUGCAGAAGGAGCUGGCGGAGCAGGAGUCUCUGGAGAGCGUGAAAAGAAAGAAAAGUUUCAAGAUGAUUCGGUCCCAGUCCCUGUCUCUGCAAAUGCCAACGCAGCAAGAUUGGAAGGGCCCCCCGACAGCCACUCCGGUCAUGUCUCCCUCAACCCCUGUGCUCCCUGGAGCACCUUCCCAGGCCAUGCCAGCGCUCUAUGCCAUGCCCGAGUACCAGCGGGUAACCAUCAGCGGAGAUUACUGUGCCGGGAUCACUGUGGAGGACUAUGAGCAGGCUGCCAAGAGCCUGGCCAAGGCCCUGAUGAUCCGGGAGAAGUAUACCCGACUCGCCUAUCACCGCUUCCCACGGACCACCGCCAAGUACCUGGGUCAUCCACAGGCGGACACGGCACCCCUGACGGAGGUCCUCCCAGACUUCCACCCUCUCCCACUGCCCCAGGAAGACCCUUACUGUCUAGAUGAUGCUCCCCCCAACCUGGGCUACCUGGUCCGCAUGCAGGGGGGCAUCCUCUUUGUGUAUGAUAACCAGAAGAUGCUGGAGCGCCAGGAGCCCCACAGCCUGCCCUACCCCGACCUGGAGACCUACACCGUGGACAUGAGCCACAUCCUGGCCCUCAUCACUGAUGGCCCCACGAAAACAUAUUGUCACCGACGACUGAACUUUCUGGAAUCCAAGUUCAGCCUUCAUGAGAUGUUAAAUGAAAUGUCUGAGUUCAAAGAAUUGAAGAGUAACCCCCACCGAGACUUCUAUAAUGUGAGAAAGGUGGACACGCACAUCCACGCAGCUGCCUGCAUGAACCAGAAGCACUUGCUGCGCUUCAUCAAGCACACGUACCAGACGGAGCCGGACAGAAUUGUGACCGAGAAGCAGGGCCGGAAGAUCACCUUGCGGCAGGUGUUCGACAGCCUGCACAUGGACCCGUAUGACCUCACUGUGGAUUCGCUGGACGUCCAUGCGGGCCGGCAGACAUUCCAUCGCUUUGACAAGUUCAACUCGAAAUACAACCCUGUGGGAGCCAGUGAGCUGCGGGACCUGUAUUUGAAAACUGAAAACUACCUGGGAGGAGAGUACUUUGCUCGGAUGGUCAAGGAGGUGGCCCGGGAGCUGGAGGAGAGCAAGUACCAGUACUCAGAGCCCCGGCUCUCCAUCUACGGCCGCAGUCCCGACGAGUGGCCCAGCCUGGCCCGCUGGUUCAUCCAGCACAAGGUCUACUCACCCAACAUGCGCUGGAUCAUCCAGGUGCCCCGGAUCUAUGACAUAUUUAGGUCAAAGAAGCUGCUGCCAAACUUUGGGAAGAUGCUGGAAAACAUCUUCCUGCCCCUUUUUGAGGCCACAAUCAACCCCCAAGAUCACCGAGAGCUUCACCUCUUCCUCAAAUAUGUGACGGGGUUUGACAGCGUGGAUGACGAGUCCAAGCACAGCGACCACAUGUUCUCAGACAAGAGCCCCAGCCCAGACAUCUGGACCAGCGAGCAGAACCCGCCCUAUAGCUACUACCUGUACUACAUGUACGCCAACAUCAUGGUGCUCAACAACCUCCGCAGGGAACGAGGUCUGAGCACUUUCCUGUUCCGGCCUCACUGUGGGGAAGCCGGCUCCAUCACCCACCUGGUGUCUGCCUUCCUGACUGCCGACAACAUCUCCCAUGGGCUGCUCCUCAAGAAGAGUCCGGUGUUGCAGUAUCUCUACUACCUGGCUCAGAUCCCCAUUGCCAUGUCUCCGCUUAGCAACAACAGUCUGUUCCUUGAAUAUUCCAAAAACCCUCUGAGGGAAUUCCUGCACAAGGGACUGCAUGUCUCUCUCUCCACCGAUGACCCCAUGCAGUUCCACUACACGAAGGAAGCGCUUAUGGAAGAGUAUGCAAUUGCAGCCCAGGUGUGGAAGCUGAGCACGUGUGACCUGUGUGAAAUCGCCAGGAACAGCGUGCUGCAGAGCGGCCUCUCGCACCAGGAAAAGCAAAAGUUUCUGGGACAGCAUUAUUAUAAAGAAGGACCUGAAGGAAAUGAUAUUCGAAAGACGAAUGUUGCUCAGAUCCGGAUGGCGUUCCGAUACGAAACCUUAUGCAAUGAGCUCAGCUUCCUGUCCGAUGCCAUGAAGUCACAAGAGAUCACAGCCCUGGCUAAGUAGGUACAGCAGUGGACAUGCAUUUUAACUUUCUGGUUUAAUUUCAAGUCUGCCGUGAUUAACAGUGGCCCAGAUACCAUGCUUGGAGUUGUCCUCCAGGGAGAGGAUGCCUCUGAAGAGCUUUCAAACCCAGCGAUUUUGGUUGCACCAUUCACUUGAGGAUCUAACACACCCACUUCUGUUGGUAUUUCUGAGUAACAGAUGGUGACUACUCCUCGAGGGCCUGGGAAAUGGACAUUUGUAUUCAUUCCUAAUUUUCCAAAUAUUUCUCUUGAAACCGCUAGUGCUUGCACUGCUGGGGCCAGGGUCUGCCACGGUCCAAGUGCCUACUGACCCGGGUUCCCUGUGGUUUUCUGCUGUAGUCAGUCCGCUACAGCAGUCCACUGCAGGCCCCGUGGGUAGCUGCUCCUUGUUCAUUUCAGCCCCAUGCUGGCUGGCUGCCUUAAACACAAUCAAUUUCAAAGCUCCCUUUCACAAAGGAACUACUUUGAGAGGGUUAAAAUAGACAGCUUCCUUCUUUGCAUUUUUAAUGAAUUUCUUAAACUGUUUUAUUUAGCCCACCACCCUCCUUUCCAGUUAGGAAGCCAAAUGUGCACAUUCAAACAGUCACUCCUAUCCUGUCUUCAUUUCCUCAUCCUAAAAGUGAGGGCUUGGAUUAGAUGAGAGGUUUGCAAAUGGUGUUCGGUGAAUGCCCCCACCCCCCCUACCCAAUUUCAGGGUUGGGAGCGCCAGGGGAGUGAGGUUGCGGGUGCUGCCUUUGCCUCUUCAAGGUGACUCUGCUUUCAUCAAGUAUUUCAUUGGGACUUCGACAUAUUUUUAUUUGAACUGAGGACUUUGAGAAGCACCAGACUAGCUGCUCUCUGUUCCUUUUGGCCCCAAUACUCUACGACUGUAGCCCAGUUAUCAUUUUACUUGUGAAGAACUAGGGCCAGAGAAGAGAGAUUACUUAAGCUCACCCAGCUAAUAAGGAAUAGGACUAGAGCUACGUUUCCUUACUCCUACUGUAGUCCUUUCUCCGCUAUUCCAUGAAGCCUCAUGAAUGCUGUAAUUUUUAUCACUGUAGCCUGGUGCCUUUCUUUUUAAAGGCAAAAUUUCUCCCUCACAUAAUACAUGGACUUUCUCAGAAGAUGUUACGUGGUCGUAGGGGCCAGGUAGAAAGUAUUUUUUAAGACCGAUCUGAAUUUAACCUUUACCAAUGUACUCAUCAUCUGUGUUACUAGUGCCUGGCACAUAGUAGGUGCUCAAUAAAUGUCUCAAUAAAUAUAUGUUGAAUAAAGGGACUUCCCUUUUGGCAACGUUUUAAGGGUAUGUACUCCCAGUACACAACACACUGCUCAAGGGCCUUCUUGGCCAUUACUGUGGGCAGAUGUGGACUGGGGGACAUCCUUCUGAAUCGUGGGGUUGGAAGAACCCUAUUUUCAUCUGUGGAAAUGCUCAUUUAAUGUCAGAAUUUCUUGUCCUGUGAUUUUACUUUAUAAUGCUUGUCCCCCCCUCCACUGGUCAACUUAGCAUAUGAACAAUAAAUGUAGUGUGUAUUUUUUUAAAACUAAACAAGUAUGUAUGCUAUCUUACAGCUAAUCAAGAAAUUGAAUGAAAACCCAGCAUUCAUCUUAGUCAUUCAUUAUUUUUGAAAAGCCCCCAUUUGUAUACAUUUGUUCUAAUAUCACAAGCAUUGUACAGUUUUCAUUGUUGUUUUAGCUGUAUCAAGUAUUUGUUUUUAAUUAUUAAAUAAAGUCUGUUAGGAUUAUGGCUCAAUAA